UAAAACCUAUUAACUUAGAUAUUACGGCAUUUAUUUUUAUUAUUAAAAAACUUGUUUUUUAAUAAUAUAUAUUUUUUUAAAAAUGCAUUUGAAAACUCUAAUUGUUGCAUUUUUACUAAUUAAUGCUAGCACAAAUUUAGCAUGUAAACCAUAUGCUGAUACUGAUCCUCCAACUCCAUCUACAGCUACUAGUGAACCCAAAACAACUCCGGUAACCGAUAAUCCGUUGUGUCCGGGUGACGGUUGGACAGCCUAUGGCGAUGAAAAAUGCAUUAAGCUAAUCACCGAGUUUAAAUCAUACUCAGAGGCCGAAUCAGUGUGCAAUAGUCAACAAUCAAAACUGUUAACAAUCAAAACACUUGAUGAACAGUUAGCUCUGGGCAAAUGGUUGCCAAAUGAACUGGAGGUUAACAUUUGGAUUGGUUUGAAAAGGUCAGAGUCAGACCCCAAUCAAUUUCUAUGGAACGACAAUACACUGUUAGAUAAUAGUUCGUAUACUAAUUGGGCACCGGGCAGGCCUAGAGAUAAUCCUAAAACCGCUUGUGUUGAACUGCAAUCCGAUUUGGCCAGAUUUGCCAGAUCAGCUGACAGUCUAUGGAGUGAUGUAUCAUGCAAUUUGAUGAACUGGCUAAUUUGUGAGAAACCACCAAGCUGGGACGAUGACUAUAUUAAACGAUUGGUAAUCAAUUUAAGACGCAACCAGCAGCAAGCUAAAUCUAGUUUGGACGAUGCCCUGGUACAAUUAGGCAAUGUUAAAGAUCAAUUGGACAAUGUAUCUGGUUCAGCAAUACCGCUGGGCUAUAUCUAUGUCCAAUUGCCCGAUCAACCGGAACCGUCGGUUUUGUGGCCAAAAAUCCUGUUCGAAGAUAUCAGUGCCAACUAUUCGGGUCUGUUUUUCCGUGUUGUCGGCGGACAAGCGGCCGAUUUUGGUCAGACACAAUUGGCCAGCACUCGCGUACUGACUGUCAAUAGUAAAUCGCUUGAAGCGGCCAGCAAAAAUACUACCGUAACUGUAUUGCCGGCCACAUCUGACCAGAUAUUUUUAUUUACCGGCGACCGCUAUAAUAAUAAUGCCGAACACCGUCACAUUGAAUUUACUUUAACCGAUGAUGAGGUACGUCCUGAAAAUAAGGCCAUCAAAAUUUGGAAACGAGUUUGAAUUGAUUUUUGAAAUUAAUUAUUAAUAUAUUAAAAUAAAAU